AUGAUGCUAUUACAUUUAGUAUUUAUCUUCAUCGCUAAUGCUGUUUCAAAUGCUCAACAAAUGGAAUUUUGGUUAACAGAUCCUGAUGCGAAAAUUCUAUUUCAACAACAACCAUUCAUUUCGCCUAAUAGUGAUAAUCAUAUCGCUGGUUCAAUAAUAAAUAUCAAUGAAAAUGAAAUAUAUCAAACUAUUGAUGGUUUUGGUUAUACACUAACUGGAGGUAGUGCAAUGCAUUUGAAUAACCUUGAUAGUACAACACGUGCUCAAAUUCUACGAGAAUUAUUUAAUACAGAUCAGAAUCACAUCGGUGUCAGUUAUCUUCGUUUGAGUAUUGGCGCAUCGGAUCUAGAUGAAAUCGUUUUUUCAUAUAAUGAUUUACCACCAGGCCAGACUGAUCAGAAUAUGACCCACUUUGAUUUAGGGCAUGAUCGAUUACAUCUUAUUCCUAUUUUAAAAGAAAUUUUAGCUAUUAAUCCAAGUAUAAAACUCAUGGGAUCACCAUGGUCGCCACCAAUAUGGAUGAAAACGAAUAAGAAUAGUGUUGGAGGAAGUCUAUUAACUGAAUUCUAUGAUUCCUAUGCACUCUAUUUUGUUCGUUAUAUUCAAGAAAUGCAGAAAGAAGGUAUUACGAUUGAUGCUAUUACAAUUCAAAAUGAACCAUUACAUCCAGGAAAUAAUCCAUCAUUAUUAAUGUUAGCAAUUUUUCAAGCAGAUUUUAUUAAACAAAGUUUAGGUCCAGCAUUUCGAAAACAUUCAAUUAAUACAAAAAUUAUCGUCUACGAUCAUAAUGCUGAUCGCCCAGAUUAUCCAAUAGAGAUAUACAGAGAUGCUGAUGCGAGACAAUAUGUUGAUGGAUCAGCGUUUCAUUUGUAUGGGGGAAAUAUUGACGCUCUAUCUGCUGUGCAUGAUCAAUAUCCAGAUAAAAAUUUAUACUUUACUGAACAAUGGGUAGGUGCACCAGGAAAUUUGAAAGGUGAUUUAGUUUGGCAUGUAAAACAUCUUAUUGUUGGUGCAACUCGAAAUUGGGCUCGAACUGUGUUGGAAUGGAAUUUAGCAGCUGACUCAAAAUUAGAGCCGCAUACACCUGGUGGAUGUACUCUAUGUUUAGGUGCAUUAACAAUUGACGGAAAUCAAGUUUUAUCACCACGAAAUCCAGCCUAUUACGUCAUUGCACAUGCAGCUAAAUUUGUUCGUCCUAAUUCAGCAAGAGUCGCAUCUAAUAGUCCAAUAAGUCUUGCAAAUGUUGCAUUUCAAAGACAAGAUGAUAAAAGAAAAGUAUUGAUAGUUGUCAACGAGAAUAAUUCUGGCAAGCAAACAUUUCAAAUACAAUGUCAUGGCAAAAUUUAUGACACAUCGUUAAAUGGAGGCAGCGUAGGCACUUAUAUUUGCUAA